UUUGACAGCAAGGCUCUGCAAGUGCGCUGGUACUUUGAGUAUUCGUCUGAUUGGAAUUUGCUCGAGGGACCACGCGAAGGACAGAGCCAAGCCUAUGCCUACGGGCGCGAGGGUCGGCUUGCAGUACUCGACCAUCCCAUGGAUCUGCGCAUUCACACAUCAUCUGCCUUCCGCAUGGCACAGGUUAUUUCCACAGUCCCGAAACUAACAGUUCAGGUAUACCAAGCCGACGAUCUCUCAAGGCAUGAGCUCACCGGGUAUGGUUUCUGUCACCUCCCGAUGGUUUCUGGAACGCAUGACAUCGAGAUUGUUUGUUGGCGUCCCUUCGGGACCUGGUACGAGCGCCUCUCCUCCAAGUUUAUCGGGGGG